GUUGCGCAGGUUCAAAAAUGGAACGUCGGCGGCGUGAGGGAGCGCUAGGGGGUGUGCGCGCGUGCGCGUGCGCGCCGGACAGAGCCUGACGGGGUCCCCGUCGGCCCGAGCAUCGCGCGCAGCAGCCGCGGCCCCGCAGCUCCACCCCCGACCCGGCCCGGCCCCCGGCCCGUCGCCCGCCGCCCCGCAUGGAGCUGUCAGCCAUAGGCGAGCAGGUGUUUGCGGUGGAGAGCAUCCGGAAGAAGCGCGUGCGGAAGGGCAAAGUCGAGUAUCUGGUGAAGUGGAAAGGAUGGCCCCCCAAGUACAGCACAUGGGAGCCAGAGGAGCACAUCCUGGACCCCCGCCUUGUCAUGGCCUACGAGGAGAAGGAGGAGAGAGACCGAGCAUCAGGUUAUAGGAAGAGAGGUCCGAAACCCAAGCGGCUUCUGCUGCAGCGGCUGUACAGCAUGGACCUGCGGAGCUCCCACAAAGCCAAGGGCAAGGAGGAGCUCUGCUUCUCUUUGAUGCGCCCACUCGGCAGCGGGAGCCCCGAGGGGGUGGUCAAGGCGGGGGCAGCUGAGCUGGUGGACAAGGGCCCCUUGGUGCCCACCCUGCCCUUCCCACUCUGCAAGCCGCGCAAGGCCCACAAGUACCUGCGGCUCUCACGCAAGAAGUUCCCGCCACGCAGCGGGCCCCACCUGGAGAGUCACAGCCAUCCACGGGAGCUCUCCCUGCAGGAGUCACCAGCCCCAGAUGUCCUGCAGGCCGCCGGCGACUGGGAGCCUGUGGAGCAGCCCCCUGAGGAGGAGGCAGAAGCAGACCUGGCCAAUGGGCCCCCUCCCUGGACACCCACGCUCCCCUCAAGUGAAGUGACCGUGACUGACAUCACCGCCAACUCCGUCACCGUCACCUUCCGUGAGGCUCAGGCUGCCGAGGGCUUCUUCCGAGACCGCAGUGGGAAGCUGUGAACAGCUGCUUCCUGUCUUCUUAAACUGUGUUCCUUGGGGCUUGGGUGAGGAGUUCCAGAGACAGGAGGGGCUGGGAGCAGGGCAAAUUUAAAAAAAAAAAAAAAAAAAAAAAAAAAGAAGAAGCAGAAGAAGCAGAAGCAUGGGGAAGACCCCACCACCUUGCUCUUACCCCAUGAGGGUUGUUUACAGAGGGGCCUCCAGGACAGGGAGGGAAGGCCAGUGUUGUCUGGGGCUCAUCUCCAGGGCAGGUGGGGAUGGGCUUCCCCGCCCAGACAGAGGCAAAUCCAGAGGAGCCCAGGAGGCCCAGACCUUGCCUUGAGCAGCCGCCCCAGCUCUCUGGUAUUCCCUCUAUUCCUUGGCUUGGGUCUUUACUAUGGACUUUCCACUCCAGCUUUGUGGUGGGACAUGGAGGCUGUCUUUGGCCACCAGGGACAGGAUCAGGACAAAGGGCAUGGCCUGGAUCAGAGAAGAGGCUACCAACCAAGCCUCCUCUGAAUGUGCUGUCCCUCCAGUACUGGCCUGUGUAGUGAUGCCCAUGAACACAUCCAGCCACUCCAGUGUGCACACAUUGCCUGUGUGUGUGUUCACACCUGCCCCAUGUCUAUAGACCUCCACGUGGACCUUGCACACCUUUAGAAACCGACAGGUGAACACGGCGUGAUUUCCAGCACAAAUGAGCUUGCCCUGGCACCUUCACUCCACCUUGCACAUCUGGCAUGUGACUGACAGGAUCAGACAGCUUGGGCCAGCCUGAGCCUGUUGGCAUCCCUCUCAGCUACAGAUAGGACAGGCUUUGUGCAAGGUGCAGAUGCUUCCGCCCAGGAUCGCAGACACUUGGCCCUUCCCUCCUUCAUAGGAGUUCAUGUUCUUUCUGACUCAGGUGACUUUACAGCCCUUUUAAUACUACCCCUUCUCUGCCCUCUCCUGCAGCUCAGUUGACCUGGGCAUCCAUGGAUGCCAGUGGGUGUGGGCAGUCAAGAAGGGAGUGUCCCCCUACUUUCUCAGGGCAGCCCUUGUCUUCUGUGUUCCCUCCCCACCCAACCUGAAUGACACAGCUAAGGAUGACCCCUCAUACCUUGUGGGGAUUGGACUGUGCUCUGUGGUGAGUCAGCUGCACACAAGCCUGUGGGCCUGGUGAGGGGGCAGUUUGCUAGUUUGCACAGGUGCCCUAUAGGCUGAUAACCUUCCUACCUGAGGAGGGCAACUCCCUUGCCAAGGUCACAUUGCUCUCACAUCCUGCCACCUUAGGAACCCUUGUGGCUGUAUCCCAGCAGCCCCUAAGUCUGUUUUUAAGAGACAGAGUUUGCAUGAGCAAGGAUAGGGUGGCUCACUCCUCGACUCUCAUUCCCAAACCAAAGAGCCUGUACCCUGUAUCUGUCUGGAUUCUUUCCUCAAGCUUCUCAAGUCCCUGGUCUCCCCUCUUUCUUAACUCUCAGUUGUCCAGGGUUAACUCAGUGCUUCCAUUGGGGGCAGUCUCCUGUGGUGACCUGCUUCACCUCUCUCCUGGGUCCUGAAUCUAGAUAAUGUUGGGGUGGGCCAGGAAAAGGAGUCAGGAAGAGCCCCAACUCUUGACAGAGAGGUGGGGAUGGGUGACUAAAGCUUUUCUUUGCUGGCCCACAAUUCUGGGGACAGCAUCUGGUAGAUGUCAUGCUCUCCGUCCCUGGGGCACGAGACUAAAUGCCUGUACAACUUGGAUCAUGAGGCUGGGGGAAGGGGGCAGAAAAGGCUGCUUCCGGGCAGGUGUCUUCUGUCUGUAACAGCAGGCAGUGUCCUUUUCUGUCAUGUGACCCUUUAUGAAACCCACCAGCUCCGGGAGAUUGUGGCCUGGGCUGGGGAUCCUUCAGGGCAGCCGUAUGACUCUGGACUGCUGUGGUCUGGCUCCCCAGGGAGAAUGGCUCCAGGCUUUGAGAGGCUACACAGGUUCUUCCCAGCCUGAAGAUGGACAGUGUCCAAGUGGACAGCACCCCCCUACACACACUAACCCCCUCCAAGGCCAGUACUCAAAUGAGGAGUGGUGGCCACCUGCUCAUCUUUCCCUUGACUUCGCCCAUUUGAAUGUAGAGGUUGGGUAGUGCUUUUCCCUCACUGUGGGUUGGGGUGAAAAUGUGCCUCAGCUUCUGGUAUGGAUACUCGAAGUGCCACAUUUGAGCCCAUUUGGGCUGUGUGGUUAUCAUCUGGUAAGAUGGUUAUUUCAUUGCCAAGUUCCUCCCACCUCCUGCCCACUGGGGGAGGAGCUCAGUCGGCGAGGUGGUAUAGGUUUUUUUUUUUUUCUUUAAGUGGCGGACCACACCCGCCCACCAGGUCUCAGCACAAGACCACUUUGCACAGAAUGAGCUCCGAGCUUUGUUCAGACUAUAUGAAUGUAUUGGGAGGGAUUGGGACGGGGCAUGUGUGCUGGGGAGUCAGCAGGUACAAAGUGCGGUUUUAUUUUUGUACUGAUGGGUAAA